AUGGAAGAAGCAUUGCGCCGUCUCAACGGAGUUGCUCCCACUCAAGAACCCGACGUAGUUUCAGACCCCCACCCGAAGAAGUGCGCCGCCAAGCGCACCCUGCGUGACACCUCCAACUCCGGCACCGCCAUGCGCUACCGUGGGGUGCGGCGCCGCCCAUGGGGCCGUUAUGCUGCUGAGAUCCGUGACCCACAGUCCAAGGAACGUCGCUGGCUCGGCACCUUCGACACAGCGGAGGAGGCUGCCUGUGCCUAUGACUGUGCAGCCCGUGCCAUGCGCGGUGUCAAGGCCCGCACCAACUUUGUCUAUCCUGAUGCAGCCGAUCCUCACCUAUUCCAUCCCUUCAACCUACCCAAACACUGCCACAUCAGUAGGUUCCCCCAUAACACAAACUUCGGGAGUGACUUCACUGCAAGUUCCCAAAAUAACGCUUCUUCUUCCUCUCUCAACAUGCUUCUCUUUCGUGACUUCCUCAACUCUUCUAAUCCAUGUCUGGUUUCUUCAUCUUCUUCUCAGCAGUUUCAUAAUAAUAAAUCUAGUGGGAGUUAUGUCAACUCUUCGUCUUCAUCUCUAUCUUCUUCUGCUGCCACUAACUGUCUCCAAGGUUUCAGUGUUGGCAACACAAAUAACUAUAACAGCACUGUUAGUGCUAAUCAUGGAGCUGAAGUAGCUGAAGCUACUGAAGAAGACUCGGACUUUUUCCUGCGGGAGUCUUCGGAUUCUGGGCUGUUGGAAGAGAUAGUUUAUAAGUUCUUGCCGAAAUCAAAGCCUAAAAUGGAGACUUCGACUUUGCCUCUUCCUGAUUCCGUUCCUCAACCUAUACUUGAUCAUAUGGUUGUUUCUGCUAGCAAGGGUUAUGCUGAUUCCAGGUUGAGGGUUCCCAAGGUUGAAGGUUUUGGUGUCUGUUAUGAUUCUCCCAUCCAGCAAUUUGAAGCUCUAAGUGGUUUUAACGCCAUGCAGUCUAUGACGUCUAUGGAGAGAGACAACCAGUUUAUGAUGAACCAUAUUGCAGGGUGCUCCAACUUGGAGGAUUAUCUUCAGUACCCAGAACUUUUCAAUUCCUUUGCAGCCAGGAUGCAAAAUGCUUAA